AUGUUCUCACCACUAAGCAGCUUCAUCUACUAUCCAGCCAUAGAUUCCCUCGCUGCCGGCCUAGGCACGACUAUUGAAAAGAUCAACUGGACCAUCACUUCGUAUCAGGUUGUGUCAGGCAUCAUUCCCUCAUUACUUGGGGACGUCGCAGAUACGGUUGGAAGAAGGCCCGUCUACCUGGUAGCAUUCAGUAUCUACCUUGUAGCCAACAUUGGGCUUGCCGUCCAGAAUGCGUACCCUGCGUUGCUAGUAUUGCGUAUGCUACAAAGUGCUGGAUCUUCGGGAACGAUUUCCCUGGGCUAUGCAGUAGUUUCAGAUAUUGCAUCCCCAGCUGAGCGUGGGUCCUACGUCGGUGCCGUCCUACUCGGUCCAAAUAUAGCUCCGAGUCUUGGUCCGGUCAUUGGGGGUAUAAUUGCACAGUAUGCUGGAUGGCGCUGGAUAUUUUGGGCCCUUUCCAUAAUUUCAGGCUUCUGCUUGAUGUUUCUCCUGGGCUUCUUACCCGAGACAGCUCGUAACAUUGUUGGAAAUGGCAGUGUUCGUCCAUUAGGGGUGAAUCGGACUCUAGUGCGCAUGCCCAAAAACCAAAAUCGAUCAACAUCGAUAAACGAGACACAACGCCGGAAAUGUCGCAUCCCAAGUCUACUCCCAUGCUUCAAGGUUUUACUUGACCUGCAUGCAUUCAUAAUUUUGUUCAUCAACGGGAUUUUUUAUAUGAUCUACUGUUGCCUGCAAGCCUCACUUUCUUCGCUUUUUAUGUCUAUAUAUAGUUUCAGCGAACUGGAGGCUGGUGUCAUAUAUAUUCCCUUUGGAAUCGGAUGUGCGAUAGCUUCAUACCUGUCUGGUCGGGUUAUGGACAGAGAGUACUGCGCAGUUGCGAAAGAUUCCGGCUUCACAGUUGACAAAGUCCGUGGGGAUGAUCUACUAAUCUUUCCGAUCGAAAGGGCGCGUCUUAGGAGUUCGUAUUACUUCAUUUGUAUCAUGGCAGCUUGUACAAUAGGGUACGGCUGGGCGUUAGACCAACAUGUGCAUUUUUCCGUAGCUCUCGCUCUUCAGUUCCUCAUUGGCGCGUUUACUACCCUCAUUUUUAACUGUCUCGGCACAUUGCUCAUCGACACAAACUCUGAAAGACCUGCCACCGCCAGUGCCGCCGCAAAUCUGGUUCGUUGCGCUCUUUCGGGAGGUGGCCUCGCUGCGCUGUCCAAAAUGGUCACAUUUCUUGGGCCUGGUGGAUGUUUCAGCUUAUUUGGAGGUAUCGCAUUGGCCACUGUACCACUGCUUUAUGUACUUCAACUGAAGGGAAUGGCAUGGAGAAAAGCUCGCUCCGUUUGCCCCCAUUCUGAAUGAACGGAAAGCGUCGAUGAACCAAGAUUGCUGCUCGAGAAUUGCUUGAGUGGGCUAUUCAGAGAAUGGCUAGCGACGGCUUCGGCGGCU